AACAAUAUUGGGGAAAGAAGGAAGGGGGAGAAAGAACAGCCUCUAACGUUGAUAGUGUGUGAGAAGCAAUGGUUAGCGAAGAAGAGAGGGUUCUGGAAAAGCAAAUCGAACUUCAAUUGCAAGAACAAAGGGAUUCUCUCUUUGCUAUUGAUCAAGCUCUUCUCUCUGAUCCAACCAAUUCCGAGCUCCUCGCGGUUCACGAGGAACUUGUCCAGGCAAUUAACGAUGCAGAGGAAGGACUUUUUCACCUAAAACGUGCACGAUUGUUACAGGAAGCUGAUUCAGUGCUGCAUAGCACUAAUAUUUUUCCUGAAGAAGAGAAAGUGGAGCCCCUUGAUCCCACCGAUGUUGAACCAGAGCCACUGGAGGAAAAUUGUUAUUCUGUUGGAUCUAAAUGUAGAUUCCGUCACAAAGAUGGGCGUUGGUACAAUGGUCAAGUGGUGCAGUUGGAUAAUUCAGUGGCAAAGAUUUCAUUCCUUACUCCCAGAUCUGAGAAUAUGCUGAUGUGCAAGUUCUUUUUACAACAACGAUGUCGGUUUGGUACUAACUGUCGCCUAUCACAUGGAGUUGAUGUUCAAUUGUCCUCCCUUAGGAAAUAUGUUCCAACAAUCUGGAAGCCGUCCCUUGUGGGAUCAAGUAUAUGGGCAGUCUCAAAUGCGAAUGCAAAUGCAGGCAUUUGGAGAGAAGCUGAGCUUUCGUCGUGGGACGAAAAGGCUGGAGUUGGACAAGUUGUUUUUCGGGAUGAUGGAAGUUCUGUGAAGCUUGGUGCAGAAGAAAUGGUGUUAUCUGAGUAUGCAGAAGCUAGUGACUUGGAGAGUGAUUCCAGCUUAGAACGAUCCGAUUCUUGUAGCGACUUCGAUGAAGAGGAAUCACAAGGUUUAGGGUUUCUGGAGAGUACCAACCUACAGAGAGGUAUUCAAACUGAAACUGCUAUAUUUGCCAAGUGGGAGAACCACACUAGAGGUGUAGCUUCCAAAAUGAUGGCUAAUAUGGGUUACCAAGAAGGAAUGGGUUUAGGUUUAACUGGUCAGGGAAUGCUACAUCCCAUACCAGUGAAGGUUCUACCACCAAAGCAAUCCUUAGAUCAUGCACUUGAGUCUCAUAAAAGAGAAGAGAACAUAGGGAAGCAACGUAAGAAACGGAGCAGAGGUGGCAAGAGAAAACGCGAGAAGAAAUUUGCAGAAGCAAAUCGAGCAGCGAAAGAGGAAGAAGAAUCGGCAGAUGUCUUCACACUAAUAAACAAUCAGCUGGCAAUGCAUGGUGAGGCAUUCAAUGGUGGUUCAAUGAAGAAGCAGCAAAGUAAAGGUUCAGGGGAAGGUAAAAAGGUGGAUAGGAGGGUUUUGGUUGCUUAUGAGGAUGAGGUGAAGGAUUUGAAGAUGAGGGUUGAAAAGCUUGAACAAAUGGUGAAUAUGAACAAAAAAGAGAAGGCUGUUUAUGAGGCUGCUAUGAGAAAAUUAAUUGAAACCCGCAAGGCUUUGGCAGAGGCUGAAGCAGUUCAUGCCUCUGCAUCAAAUGCAGUUGUCAGCAAAGAAAAAGAGAAGAGAUGGCUUAAGUUUUAGCUAGGACUUGGGACUCAGUUCUGUUUGUAGUUGCAUAAUAUAAUGCCUUCAAUUUAUGCCAAUGUUGAUACUUUGAAAAGAAGAGAAGUAGGAAGUGAAAUUUCACAGGUGUAAUGUAACUCAACUAAGAUAUUGGUAGAUUAAUGUGUAGUAUGUGGCCUUGUACAUGCUCUGCGAUUAUUCUACUGGACGAUGUAUGUGUUUUUUUUAAUACCAACCAGUGUUUGA